AUGACUGCCGACAUCCUCCACCACGUCACCUGGAACGGCGAGCAGGUUCCAGUCUACGACAUGGACACCAUCGACUUUGGCAAGGUGAUCUCGUCGGAGCCGGCCGAGCUCAGAGGCUGGUUCUUCGACCAGCCCGUCGAGGCCAAGAACCAGUUUGGCCUGGUCUCUCCCCAUCUCGGUUAUGAGCCCAUCGGCUCCCGAAACGGUGUCCUCAAGGACACUCGUGAUGGCUACGAGAUGAUCAAGGUCUCGAGGGACGAGAUCCAAAAGGCCCUCCCUCACGUCCCCGACGUGCUCAAGGAGAGCGCGGACCUCAAGGCCCUGGAGAACGCCAUCGCCAGCUGCAACAUCGUUUCCAAGGCCGUCCUCACCGGUCUGUCCACCGCCCUCGGCCUCACCGGCGAGGAGAGGUUCGAGAACAGGCACCGCAACGAGCGCCCCUCCACCACCACCCUCGCCAUGAUGCACUACAUCCCCGCCAACCCUUCCCAGGACAAGCACGUCGGCCACCAGAAGCACACCGACAUCAGCUCCCUCACCCUGCUCUUCGCCGAGCAGUGGGGUCUCCAGAUCCGCCCGCCCGGCACCCGCCAGUUCGGUUUCGUGCCCCCAAGCCCGGCAGCGGUCGUGCCCUACGACCACACCGAGCACCGCUACUCCAUCGCCUACUUCCUCAGGGCCGAGAACGACACCAUGUUCACGGACAGCGAGGGUCGGUGGAUCUCCGCUGGACAGUGGCACGACGAGAAGUUCAUGGCCUUCAAGGCCGCGCCUGAAAUCCAGGCCCUCGCUCCCAAGUCGAUGCUCUUUGGUGGCAUGGACGAGGAUGAGGUCCCCGCGGUGGCGGUCCCUGCCGAGCCGGUUCAGGAGGCUUCGAACCCCGUCAUGGCUGCCGCUUAA